CCAAACCUCAGCAAAAUCGGGAACACGAGGAAGAGGAAGACGGCCAUGGAGGAAGAAGAACACGAGGUGUACGGAGGAGACAUCCCAGAUGUCGGUGAAAUGGAAGGAGACGUUGAUCCUCAUCACGCCGAUGUCGAGAUGACUACCGCAGACGAUGACGCCGUCAAGGAAUUGGAUGAGAUGAAGAAACGACUGAAGGAGAUGGAAGAAGAAGCAGCCGCUCUUCGCGAAAUGCAAGCCAAAGUUGAGAAAGAAAUGGGUGCUGUUCAAGAUCCUGCAAGUGCAGCUGCUAGCCAGGCAAGCAGGGAGGAGGUGGAUACAAGGUCUAUAUUUGUUGGCAAUGUGGAUUAUGCUUGCACCCCUGAAGAAGUUCAACAGCAUUUCCAGUCUUGUGGCACUGUAAACAGAGUCACUAUCCUUACGGAUAAAUUUGGCCAACCUAAGGGUUUUGCUUAUGUGGAGUUUCUUGAAGUGGAAGCUGUUCAAGAGGCUCUUGCCCUUAAUGAAUCUGAACUACAUGGGCGACAACUGAAGGUAAUGGCUAAAAGAACGAAUGUACCUGGAAUGAAGCAGUACCGUGGGAGGCGUUUCAAUCCUUACAUGGGCUACAGAGGAUUUAGGAGGCCAUAUGUACCUCCUUAUUUCUACUCCCCUUACGGAUAUGGGAAGGUUCCGAGGUUCAGGAGGCCAACACGCUACAUGCCCUACUACUGAGCACCAACAACAGGCUGCAAUGCAAUCUGUUUGUUCUUUGAAUUGCAUGAUCGUAUCGUAUCAUAUAUUAUUAUGCAGAUAGAUUGCAACUGUGAGGUUAUAACUUCAUUGGACUGUUAAAAACCAAAACCUUCGUUUCAACUUGUUUCUGGGUAUAAUGCGCGUCUACUUUCAGAGCUAC